AUGGCACCUCGUGGAUCCGGUCGGGGACGUGAGAGAGAUCGUACUAGUACUCAGGAACCGAAAAUCAACCCGAAUAACCUGGUAAACCUUAUGGCGGUGUUGGAGAAUAUGAUUGCUACUAUGCAGGCCACUGCGGAAGCUCUUGGGCAACAGAUAAAUAAUAAUGGCAAUGGCGGAAGUGGAGCUCAGGGCCCGAUGACACUGGGGGCUCGAUGUCUCCUGCAGCAGGAGAAUGAUCCUAUCACCUGGGGUUCCUUCCAAGUGGAAUUUUAUAAGAAGUAUUUCCCGAAUUCUGCUAGAAUGGUCAAGGAACUUGAAUUACUGCAGCUGAAGCAGGGUACAAUGUCCGUAUCUGAGUAUACGGAUAAAUUUGAGGAGUUAUUCAGGUUUUCUCAAUGUGUGAGGAAGGCUGUUGAGGCGAAGAAUGACCGUCGGGAGUCCCACCGCAGGGAGCACAAUCAAGAAUACCCAACAAGGGGUCAAGAGUUUAAGAGAAGAGAAUACCCACAACGUUUUCCUCAAAGGCGAAAUGACCUUGCGACGAAUAAGAAUUCCCAAGGAAAAGGUAGGGAAAAACAAAUAGUGGCUGCUUCGGAUGUUUUAAGCUGUCAGAGAUGUGGAGGUCAUCACCCAAAUAGACCGUGUCGUUAUGGUUUGGGUUUGUGUUACAAUUGCGGAAAGCUAGGACAUUUGGUCAGAGAUUGCCCACACCGGAAGGACCGGGAGACUGCCAGGUCUGAUUUUCGUACCUGA